AUGCCGAUUCUCCCUCGAAACUCCACGGCUCUCUGCCGGCUCGUUUUAUCUGCUAACCAACGCGCUGCCACACCAUUUCGGCAUUCUUUCCAUUCGGUCUCAUGGAGGGCUGCAGUUGCGCAUCCUAUUACCGCUCACGGUCCGCCUCCGAAAGCUCCUUCGCCAGCUCCAGAGUUCGGCGACCUAUCUGAAUCGCGCAGAGAAGGCAACCAGCAUGCAAGCGAACAACCAGCGCAACCGUCAAAGCCUUCAUCAGUCCUUAAGAAGCGCUUCUGGAAGAAUGUUGACGUGAAGAGGAAGCCAGAUGGAGAUUACGAGGUCAUGCUGGACACUCGGCCGAUCCGGACCCCCGCCAAAGACAUCCUGUCUAUCCCAUCGACUAAGCCUCAGCUUGCAAAUGCGAUAGCCCUGGAGUGGGACGUUAUGACAUCUGCACAGCAAGCUUUGAAGAAUCAUCUGAUUCCACUGACAUCUCUGGCUUCGCGGGCUGCCGACAUUGCACAAGAAGAUGCACGGGGGAUAACUACUUCAAGAGACCAAAUUGUCAACGUUGCGAUGCGCUAUUUGAGCACCGAUACUCUUCUCUGCUGGGUACCCGAAGAGCAGCAAUACGCCGUUGAAGAGACUGAUAAAAAUGGCGAGAGAGCUGAGAGCCUCCGCGAGGCUCAGGUGAGGGUUGCGAAGGAUAUCAUCGCGUUUCUGAGCACGAAGGUGUGGCCUGGUAUCGACAUUGUUCCUAUCCUCGACACGAAUAGCAUUCUACCAGUAUCUCAACCUCAGGCUACGAAGGACAUCAUUAAACAAUGGGUCGCAUCCCUGCAUGCAUACGAUCUAGCGGCCUUGGAGAGAGGGAUCGUUGCGAGCAAGAGCUUGCUGGUUGCCGUCCGACUGGUUUUUGAGUGGAGCGAGAAUUUCCGGCAACUCCAACGGCCGGGGCAAAAAAGGUUUGGGAUUGAAGAGGCCGCAGAGGCUUCCAGCCUGGAGGUGAAGUGGCAAACUGAUAUUUGGGGUGAAGUCGAGGAUACUCACGAUGUCAACAAGGAGGAUCUUAAGCGACAGCUUGGAAGUGUCAUUGUUGUGGUCAGUGGAGAGACUCGAUGA